AUGAAAAUACAAAACAAAUACCCUAUUACUAAAGAGUUUCUAACUCUUUUAGUAAAACUUAAAAGAGCAUGUUCAGGAAAUUUAGAAAGUAUUAUAUUUACUGAUGGAAAAGCAGAAAUUAAGAGAAACUUCACAAACCUUAGUCAAAAAAAUUUAAGAAAUAAGAAAGUUCAAUCUUUUAGUGAACUUGUUGAUAUCUCAACAGCCUCAAGUACUAGUGUAAUUCAAUAUGAUAAUAACCAACACAUUGUUGAUAUCCCAACAGCUUUGAAUACUAGUGUAAUUCAAUAUAAUAAUAACCAACACGUAUCUACGUUACAACAGCAAGCAACCCCUUUAAAGUUCAAUAAAAUGAUUGGUGAAGACCCUGAUAAAAUCCGGAAAAACAUAAAUUUGAAGCUUUAUUCUGUUUUUGGGUAUGGCGAAAAGUUGAAAAGUCAGAAUGAUAACAAUAAAAGAUAUUGUUUAUUGUUAUUGUCUACAUUACAAAAUUGGGUAUUUGCCAAUAAAUAUCCUGUUGAUAUUUGGAUAAAAAAAGCAAAAAAUACUUUUGGCAAUGAAUUAGAACAAAUAGAAAAUUUUAGCUUAGUCGAAGAUUCUUUAAUUCCUACCGCUAAAUGGCAAAAAAUUGUUGAUUUAUUACUUAACUCAAAUGUUGAAGUAACUCGUUUAACAAAUCAAUUGAGAAAAGAUGAUCUUCUAUCUUCAGCCCAGAAUCGUCUUGACCUAGAAAAACUAAAACAUUUUCUUAAUUUAAAACAAGCGUAUAAUUCAUAUAAAAAUUUUGAAAAGAUUCAUCCAAAAAAAGCAAAUGAUUCAAGUACCGAAAGAAAAACUCGGCAUGCUUUACGUUUUAUGGAUUGGUUGUUGUCUGAAAAUUUGGUUAUCCUAGAAUCCCUUGUAGCUGCAAAGGUGUCACCAGAUUUUUUUAAAAGAAUGACUGCGCCCAUUAAACUAGAAUUUUAUAAAAGAAUGAAGAGAGAUGAAAAUGCAAAAUUUGAAGUUGAAGAUUCGGAUGACAGUAAACUUGAAAGCGAGAAUGAUUGUGAAAACAAUGAAAAUAAUAUUACAAUUAACGGACGAUGCCCCUUUUGUAAAGUGAAUUUUCCUAAACCACUUCCGCCUCAUAUAGAAUCAUAUUUAAUAACACUUUCUGGUUCUCCAGAUGUUAUAAACCAGCAUGAAUAUUGUUGGCUUCAUAAUGCCGAAUUUCAUACUAUUCCAGAUGGCCAACAGAAAAAUUAUCCAUUAACUAUCGAUUUUGAAAACUUACCGAAUCGUGUUAAAGACAUGUUUCCUGAAUUAUUAAAUAUUGCA